AUGUACCUUGUUGGGAACACUUUAUUGGUAAUAGUAACAUCUUUACCUAUGGAAAUGGUGGAGCCACCAUCACCUCCAGCUGGGGUGGAGCCGUUGAUACUUCCAACUGGGAUGGAGGCGUCAUUACCUCCUGGUGGUGUUGAGCUAUUGUCACCUCCAGCUGGGGUGGAGGCGUCAUUACCUCCUGCUGGUGUUGAGCCGUCGUCACCUCCAGCUGGGGUGGAGCCGUCAUUACCUCCUGCUGGUGUUGAGCCAUUGUCACCUCCAGCUGUGGUGGAGCCGUCAUUACCUCCUGCUGGUGAUGAGCCAUCGUCACCUCCAGCUGGGGUGGAGCCGUCAUUACCUCUGCUGGUGAGCAUUCGUCACCUCCACUGUGGAGCCGUCAUUACCUCCUGUGGUUGA